AUGUUGGGCAUUCGCACUCCACCCAAAUGCAAACAAACGGCACCUGCUAUCAGGCGCAGUAUAGAUAAGUGGGAGGCGGCCUCCAGCCGGGCCCCUGAGGCAGCAAAAGAAGAUCCUCUGGCUGGGGCGGGAGGAGCAGGUAAGUCUCCUGCUCCCGCUCAAGCCAGGGAAAGAGAAGCAAAAAAUUGCUACCUCAAGGCAAUGGCCCACUUGGCGGAGUCCCGCAAUAUCAAAACAGAAAUAAAGAUAGGGGUACAGUCAGCUGUGAAGCGGCUGUACCAACUCAUAAAGGAAGCCGAAGUGGAGCUGGCGGGAGGCCCAACAAAAACUUCAACAAAAACUUCAACAAAAAUGACAGAAGGAAAAGACAAAGAAACCGAAAUAUACAACAGAUUAGAAACGCAAAUUGAAAGACUGGAGGCAGAAAAUAGUAAGUUGGAGAAAUUUAGGAAAGACAUAGAGGAUUUGGCAAAAAAGAAAGAUGAAGGUAUCCUGACUGAGAUUAGAAAAGAGUUCGAGGAGAAAGAAAUGAAAGAAAAAGAAAGGCAAAACAUAUGGGAAAUGCAAAUGAAGUCAUACGCAGAAGCGACAAAAGAAAAUCUCAGUCAGGGAAAAAACAGCACAGAGGGCCCGGGUCACAAACCUGCACUGCACUCUGUCGUGGUGGCGCCGAAAAACGCGACCGACACGGCAGAGGAAACGGUGCAGAACAUCCGGCACUUGCUCAACGCGAAGGAGGAAGGUUGGCAAGUGCAAAAAAUAAGAAAAGCGAGAGAUGGAAAGGUAGUGGUGGGUUGCAGGACAGAGGAAGAGAGAAGAAAACUUAAAGAAAAACUGAGUAGAGAGAUGGAGGUAAAAGACACAUCAAACAAAAACCCUCUCGUGAAAAUAACAAAUUUACUGACCUGCAACACCACCGAGGAUAUUGCCCGGGCCCUAAAGAACCAGAACAAACACGUGACUGCGCACCUGGAGGAACGAGAACUAAACAUAGUGGAAAAGUACAGAAGGAAGGCAAGAAACCCUCUGGAGAGCCACGUGGUCCUGCAGGUCACGCCUAAACUCUGGCAAGCUCUGACAUCGGCUGGCAGAAUACACGUGGACCUGCAGAGGGAACCCUUCAAUUCGGAUAAGCUUGGGGAACAGCUCAAGAAAAUGGAGAAGGGAAUAUUAAAGACAAUGGAGGCAAACGCAAAAAAGUUAGAAGAGUUGAGAGAGGAAAUUAGUAAGAACAGUGAUGUAAGUCAGGAGGGGACGAGGAAGAGUAAAAGGCAAUCAAAAGAAAUUAAGGAAAUAAAGCUGAUGAUGGAGUAA